UGAUAAUCAUAACUGCUGCUUAAAACUGCAGCAACAACGUUGACACCAGCCACAUCAACACAUUUUCGACAAUCCCACAUUGUUUUCCUCGCUAAUUAUCCACCAUGUCGGAAUCUAAGUCCACCACCAUGUCAGAAGGAAGAGCACAUAGUUUGCCUGAAAGAGCAAAGGAAAAAAUUGAGGCUAUAUUGCAUCAUCACAAGUCUUCAUGCCAUCAUAAAAGGGAAACUCAUGGAUUGGAUGAUAGCAUUAAUGAGAACACCUCAUUGGAUGAUGUUAGGGCUCCCAAUGUGUUUGAGCGAGCAAAGGAGGAGUUUGAAGCCCUUGCUCAAGUGUUCCAUCACAAGAAAGAGGAACCAACUUCUGAUAUAAGGGAUGGAAAUCAAGUGGCUGAGUCAAGACAUAAACAAGAAAUUCCAAGCUCUCCAUCAUCAGAAACGAAAACAAAGGCAGAGAACAUAUUUGUGAAAGCUAAGGAAGAGAUCAAAGCCAUGAUACACCAUGAUAAGUCAAAACACCAUCAUGAUAAAGAAACUCAUGGAAGGAGUGAUGAUAUUGAUGAGAAUACCCCUACCAAUGAAGUAAAGGGUCCGGAUGUCUUUGAAAGAGUGAAAGAAGAAUUUGAAGCUGUUUUCCAAGCAAUACAUCCUAAGAAAGAAAGCUGAAAAUUUUCCUUCCUUACCAUAUACAAAGAUGUUGAAUUCAGUAGAGUUAUGUACAUUAUAUAAGCAGUAUUCAUGUGUUUAUAUACUUUUGCAGUGUAGUGGGUGUUUGGUUUUAGGAUUUGCAUAGGAUUUGCAGUGUAGUGGGUGUUUGGUUGCAGGUGAAGUGAUUUUCCAUCAUUUCACCUGCAACCAAACAUCCUGUAAUCAUAGACAUGAAAAUCUCUCACUCCACCCUGUGGUUUUCCUUGUGAGAGAGGUAUAAAUAACUGAUGUUCUCUGUUACUUGUCUUCUUGAAGAGUAUUAAAUUUCCUUUAUCAUUUCACAAUUCACA